AUAACCUCCUCAUUCCCGACAAUUUAGUGGCAUCUACUAAUAUCCAGAGUAGGAAAAAGUUAUAAAAAGCCAGCGUGCCAAGUGCAAUAUACAACCUCUCACUCUCAACAUGUCCGCCAAUGAAUCUUGGCAAGCGGUUCAACUCCAGGCCAAGUCGUUGGCCAACUGCCCACUUCCAUUCGCCAACUCCACCUUCGUCUUGAAUAGCACGGCUAUGGCGGGCUUGCUAGGCGGAGAGGAAGCUACCUCUACGGUCGCUUUGACUCAAAUUUACGACAGAAGAAAAUGGUUGGGCUGGUACAACUCUCCAGGCUCAUAUGUUAUGGGAAAGCACUUUCGACGCCUGGCACGCUCGGCAAAGGUGGAUAUUGUAUAUGACAAUGGUUCUGAAUCGGGUACUGCGUCUGGGUCCCAAAUGGUACACAUAGAUCCCACCCUGUUGUUCGAACACGAAGGCUGGUCCAAAGGUCCUGCGUUUAAAGGGAUUUUCUCUGGCACUUCUAUACACGCCACAGGACCCUUAGCCUCUCAGCUUAUCAAGAAGGCCACCAAAGAGGACUGCCGAAAAGUCGAUGGCAGGACUACUCAACCUGUAAACGUCACUGUCGCCAUCCUAGAGCAGGUUGAUAGUCUUCGUCAGCAGAUGACGUUCAACCAUCGCUCACCUCCCCUUGCCAUCAUACCCAUUGUUGCCAGCCUGACGACGUGUCUCACAUGUGGGUUAUACCGCCAAUGGUGGGCUUUCUCGAUGAUUCUUGUUGGCAUCCUUGCCAGAGGAUUUGCGUGCCUCCUUAUUGGCUCUGGGAAUCUAGUUUUUGACCACCCCAAGCCUGCGGAAGGUUCGCCUCCUGGUGAUGGUGUCUUGGGCUCAGAUCAGGACUUCGUUUUGUUGAAAGGAAACGAGUAUGUUGUUAAUGCUGUCACACGUGGAAGAUUCUUCUUUCGCUUCCGGUCGAAAUAUGCUUGCUGCAUGGUUGAAUGGUGCUCCAUCCUACUCAUCGUCCAGGCCAUUGCGCAGCUGGUCUUCAUUCCCCAAAGUAAACUCUUCGGACAGCUGAUGUUUGUCGUCUCUCUCGCCUUUUCUUGGGCGUACGACCUCUGGUUUUCCUCCUUUGAUAAGGGGGAGGUUCAAGAAGCUAUCUUCCAACAGGUUCUUGGUAAACCUAGUCUCAUCAAAUUCGUGCUCCCCAACCGUGUCAGUGCGGUGGUAUUCCUUCUUCUUGUCUCGAACGACAACCCCAGAACUUCAGGCAAUCCGAGAAAAUUGAAAAAGAUAUUGGACAUUUUUCUGCCGUCGAACUCUGAAGUGUGGGAGACAUGGAAGGAUACUAUUACCGAGCGACUGAAGAACAGACAAGCACUCCAGUUCAGCGAUACCCACUGGAACCGUGAGGAAUUACCUCUGGAAGACGAUCGGAAGUUGUUGAAGACCCUGUUCGGGGAUGCCAAAGACGCUGAGAAGGCUUAUGCUAUUUUCAAGAAUCCACGAUGCAGGAACAAUCGCUUGAUGAAGGGACCGAACUCCAUGGAUUGCUAGCUUAGCGAUGUCUUGGUUAGAUGUUGCUAUGAUUCCCUGUAUACGUGCAUCUUUAGGUUUCGGGUCUCCUGGUUGUCUCCACCUACUUACCCCGUUUCUCUAGAACCUGGCAUCCGUACUUAGAUGUUUGUGUUCGUCACCACUACACAUCAUAGUAACACAGUAAUGCCCCCCUCCCUCAGUAUCGCACCGGAUCUACCGGCUCUAAGUACAUCAAGUUGCAACAAGCAGUCGUUGUA